AUGCCCCCCGAUCGGCAACUCCCAACCCUUUAUGCUCUCCUCCACUCUGGAGCCCGCCUUCUGGGCUGGCUGACCGACCUGGGCGCCAUUGUCAUUCUGGGCUAUAUCGUUAGGUGCUGGCCCGAGAAAGGCGGGACGGUUGCUGCUGGCCUUGUCGGUUCCGCAAUCGCUCUCCUCAACGACAGCUGGGAAAUGGUGUCCAAUGUCGACACUACUGGCAACUUCGUACCCCUGUCGCCGCCCCGCGCCGUAUUGCACGACCUCUUCUCGCUGGCGGUAUGCAUGGGGGGGUUGAUGCUACUGCUAUUCUCGGACCUCCGUGAUCAAAAUGUCUCUCAAAUGGUUGUCUUCUCCAACUACCGAAUAAGGGCCCCGGAGAUUGAGGCUGGCAGGACCAUCUGGAACACCAAACAUGAAAUGUUCCGUGCUGCGCAGGGUUUUGUUGCUGCUGUUGCGUAUGUCAUUAUCUCCUGCCCCAUCCGUUAG